CAGACACCGAGCAGGGCGCCCUCAGCACAGGCUUCUGUCCCACCCCGAGCCACUUCCUCCUCCCCCCAGCUAAACCCAUGUGCCCUCCAGGACGGCUGAGGGGAAACUGAACGCUACCCCGGGAUUAUUGGCCGCUGCCCCCCCCUCACAGCGCAGACCGAGCGGCUCCGCACCGAGCAGGACGAACUGCAACAAGUUGCUGCAUUCUAUGUACAGGACGCGACAGUGACCAAAGCUGUGGGAGCCGAGCACACUGUCAUGAUACCCAGUGAGUUGCGGGAGUGAAGAAAAUGUCCGUCAGUUUACAUGAAAACCGGAAGUCUAGAGCCAGCUCUGGCUCUAUGAACAUAUACCUGUUUCACAAGUCUUCAUAUGCUGACAGUGUCCUUACCCACCUUAACCUACUACGACAGCAAUGUCUCUUCACAGAUGUCCUACUGCUGGCGGGAAACAGAUCUUUCCCUUGCCACCGGGCCGUCCUUGCAGCUUGCAGCCGCUACUUUGAAGCCAUGUUUAGUGGUGGCCUUAAGGAAAGUCAAGCCAAUGAGGUGAACUUUCACAGUGCUAUCCACCCAGAAGUACUAGAACUGCUCUUGGAUUAUGCCUAUUCUUCAAGAGUCAUCAUUAAUGAAGAAAAUGCAGAGUCCCUUCUAGAAGCUGGGGAUAUGUUAGAGUUUCAGGACAUCAGAGAUGCAUGUGCUGAGUUUUUAGAGAAGAACCUUCACCCAUCCAACUGUUUGGGCAUGCUGCUACUUUCGGAUGCCCACCAGUGCACUAAACUGUAUGAACUGUCUUGGAGAAUGUGUCUGGCCAACUUCCAGACCAUCUGCAAAACAGAAGACUUUCUCCAGCUCCCUAAAGAACUAGUAAUACAACUGUUGUCUAAUGAAGAGCUGGAAACAGAAGAUGAGAGAAUGGUCUAUGAGUCUGCAAUGAACUGGAUUAACUACGACCUAAAUAAGCGACAUUGUUACUUAUCUGAAUUGCUGCAAACUGUACGAUUGGCUCUGCUUCCUGCCAUUUAUCUCAUGGAAAAUGUGGCCAUGGAAGAGCUUAUUAUUAAACAGAAAAAAAGCAAAGAGUUGGUAGAAGAAGCCAUCCGAUGCAAGUUAAAAAUAUUGCAAAAUGAUGGAGUAGUCACCAGCUUGUGCGCUAAGCCGCGUAAAACUGGACAUGCACUGUUUCUCCUUGGUGGGCAGACUUUUAUGUGUGACAAGCUAUACCUUGUAGACCAAAAAGCAAAAGAGAUCAUCCCCAAAGCAGAUAUCCCAAGUCCUCGCAAAGAAUUCAGCGCUUGUGCAAUUGGCUGUAAAGUCUACAUCACUGGUGGCCGAGGCUCGGAGAAUGGAGUUUCUAAGGAUGUUUGGGUCUAUGAUACACUCCACGAGGAGUGGUCAAAGGCUGCUCCUAUGCUUGUUGCGCGAUUUGGUCACGGCUCUGCUGAAUUGAAGCACUGUUUGUAUGUUGUAGGUGGACACACAGCAGCCACUGGCUGCCUUCCCGCCUCUCCUUCUGUGUCAUUGAAACAAGUUGAACAGUAUGAUCCAGCUACCAAUAAAUGGACUAUGGUUGCUCCUCUACGUGAAGGUGUGAGCAAUGCAGCAGUGGUCAGUGCAAAACUUAAAUUGUUUGCUUUUGGGGGUACUAGUGUUAGCCACGAUAAAUUACCCAAAGUUCAGUGUUACGAUCCUUCAGAGAACCGAUGGUCAGUACCAGCCACUUGCCCGCAGCCGUGGCGCUACACUGCAGCAGCUGUUCUAGGAACCCAAAUUUUUAUUAUGGGUGGAGAUACUGAGUUCUCAGCCUGUUCAGCAUAUAAAUUUAACAGUGAAACUUAUCAGUGGACUAAGGCUGGAGAUGUGACGGCCAAACGAAUGAGCUGUCACGCUGUUGCAUCUGGCAAUAAACUGUUUGUUGUUGGUGGCUAUUUUGGGAUCCAGAGAUGCAAAACAUUGGACUGUUAUGACCCAACCCUGGAUGUAUGGAACAGCAUAACUACCGUACCUUAUUCACUAAUCCCCACAGCAUUUGUCAGCACAUGGAAGCAUCUGCCUUCUUAAAGCAUGACACAGGACCUCAGCUGGGAAGAUUCAAGGCCAGUGCUUAGAUGAAAACGGAAAGACUUCCUUGGCUUUGAAAGCUUUUGCCCACGACCUUGUACUUUUAACCAGUUCCUAGCCGAGCCACUCAUCUGUUGGACGCAAAAACUCAAGCCUCUGUGCUCAGUAGGGAGUUAGAACGUGAACUAUGUUCUAAAUAUCAGUAUUAACCCUUAUGGCAUCAGAAGCCUAAGCAUUGUGUGGCUCUCCGUGAUAAGCGGGAUAUUUGUUUCUGAAGCAAGUUAAGAAAAAAAUACUUGGUGUCCAUCUGGUAAUGCUUGUUACCUGAAUCCAUGUCAUUACCAUCUGAGGUUACAAGCAGCUUACAUGUCGUGUUGCGUAAAGUUCCAGCGCCUUAUAGCUUGAAAUAAGCCUGCAGAAACUGGCAACGCCUCAGCGUGUUUCAUAACCCUUUGGGUACAGAGGGAAUGCUUUGCUGUUCUCUUGGCACCUAAAGUGUUAAUCUGCUCGUUCUUAACAUCACCAUUGUGGAAACCACUCUUGUAAUUUAGCCAAUCAAGAAA